AUGGAUAAUCUUCUCUCCUCGAUUUAUGACUAUGUCGACCCUUUCGAUGCUGUCGAGGUAGCGCGCGGAACGUUCAAGCCGGUGCGAAUAGCAAUCUUAGAUUCCGGAUUUGACCCUCAACAUCCAUUUCUAAAGACUCUAGACCAACGGCUGGAUCCUCGAAUCAAAGAAGCGCAAAGUUUUGUACAGCAAACAGCCUCACACGACAUUCAAGACGAGAUUGGGCACGGCACUCAUGCUCUUGGGCUACUGCUCAACAUUGCCACAUGCGCUGAAAUCUAUAUUGCCAGAAUUGCGCAUCGAGAAACUCUGGAUCGUAACACUUACGAUGACAUUGCAAAGGCCAUUAAUCACGCGGUAAAUGAGUGGAAAGUGGACAUUAUAUCAAUGUCAUUCGGAAUCCGAGAAUAUAACGAGCCUAUGAAGACUGCUAUAUCUAAUGCACUACACAGUCAGACAUUGUUGUUCGCUGCGGCAUCGAACGAUGGAGCAAAUUUGGGCAGAGCCUUUCCGGCUAAAUAUCCCAGUGUUUUUUGUAUACACUCGACUGAUGGAAAUGGCAAUCCCUCGGCGUUUAACCCGACAGCAGACGACAAAGACGUCAACUUCAGUCUGCUCGGAGAGCAAGUCUCUUCUCACUGGCCGAUUGGCAGAAAUGGCCAUAAUGAACCUGUCAAAGCCAUGUCGGGAACAUCGGUUGCAACACCAAUUGCCGCAGGGCUCGCCGCAGCUAUCCUGUCCUUUGUCCGGCAGCAGGAACAGCACAUGCCUCCAGGAGGCGAGUUGCCGCUAGGGCCGUGGCUGAAGGACGUUCAUUCAAUGGAUGAGGUUUUGAAGAGCAUGGUUAGACAGAGGAGGGGGGCAGGCUAUGACUACAUCACGCCUCAUUCACUCUUUGACAGGAAGUCGACAAGGGAGCAGGUUUAUGACAGGAUCAAGGAUAUCAGAAGACAUUUGUAUGACUAG